CGAAUUUGAAGCUCUGCUCAACUCCGGCCAGUUACCGGCCCACCACCACACGGAGCCACCGCUUUCUCUCUCCGACGGUGGAAGCUUCCUUCACCACAAAGAGCACCGCUCUCUCUCUCUCUCUCGCGAUUCCCAGAUUUCAGACACUCAAAUUCUGAUAGUCUUCGACUCUUCAUCCAGUGCACUCACUGUGCACCGAUUCUCCCCCAAAUCAGGUUGUUGCCUCCGCAGAUUGUGCUGGAGCCUUGGACGUCACCUUAGGGAUCGCGUAGCGUCUUCAAUUGAAUCCAUAAACAGUUCUGCAGAAAUGUCGAGAUCACUGGUGCAGCCGGUAGGGCAGAAGAGGCUGACGAACGUGGCAGUGGUGCGUCUGAAAAAGCGCGGCACCCGCUUUGAAAUUGCCUGUUACAAGAACAAGGUCCUCUCAUGGCGCUCUGGCGUUGAGAAAGAUUUGGAUGAAGUACUGCAAUCGCAUACCGUUUACACAAAUGUUUCGAAAGGUGUUCUUGCCAAGACAAAAGACUUGAAGGCCGCAUUUGAUUCCGAUGACCAGACCAAGAUUUGUUUGGAGAUUUUGGACAAGGGAGAGCUUCAAGUGGCUGGGAAGGAGAGGGAAUCUCAGUUGUCCAGUCAGUUUCGGGACAUAGCCACCAUUGUUAUGCAGAAAACCUAUAAUCCUGAAACCCGACGUCCUUACACUAUUAGCUUGAUUGAGAGUCUAAUGCAUGAAAUUCACUUUGCUGUAGACCCACAUAAAAGCUCGAAGAAGCAGGCUCUGGAAGUUAUUCAUGAGCUUCAGAAGCACUUCCCAAUCAAACGGUCUCCAAUGAGAUUGCGACUCAUAGUUCCUGACCAUGAAUUUUCAUCUCUUUCAGAGAAGCUGACCACCUGGAAUGCUAGCAUAAUUUCUAAAGAUCAAUCUGGAAGUCAGAUAUCUACUAUAUGUGAAUUGGACCCUGGUUUUUAUCGUGAAUGUGAGGGAUUGAUGAUGAAGUUGCAUGGUAGAUAUGAAGUUCUUGCACUCUCUGUGCAUGCGGAGGGUGACACUGUUAUCGAUCAAUAUGAUGAUCAUGAGGAUGAACCGUCACACUCACUCAAAGAUUCCUCAAACAUCAGUUCAUUAAAGGAAAAAGAAUGUACUGAUCCUGACUUAUCGAAAAAGGACUCGGCUGAUCCUGUGCUAAAAUUGAGCGAUGAUUUGCAGAAACAGAGCAUCUCUACUGGGAGUGGAAAUGCUGCAGCGGAGGGAAAGCAGAACAGAUGCAGCACAUGCAAUGCAUUCGUGGGCGAUUCCAAGCAGUAUAGGGAUCACUUCAAGAGUGAGUGGCACAAGCAUAACUUGAAACGCAAAACCAGACAACUUCCUCCCCUUACUGAAGAAGAGUGUGCAGCUGACAUGGAAAUGGACGACUACAAAGCCGAUUUGAGGGAUUAUUCCUUCUAACAGACUUACAUGUUAAAGUCGAAAGACUCGAGUUGAUUGAGAAAGAUCCGACUAGUUUUGGAUAAAUUUUGGUUAGAGCUAAUGAAUGAUUUCGUAAACUGUUUUACAACUGUUUGUGAAUAAUUUUUUUACCCAAUAUCGUGUAUUUUGGUAUGUACUCAAACUCAAAUCCAAUGUAUUAAGGCUGUGUUAUCUACGAACUGAAAGUCCCUGGACACUGUAUGGCAAUGUUCUCUCAUAUACACAUACGAUUCUCGAUUGCUUA